AGUCUCCCCCCCUCCCUCCCCUUCCCUCCCCUCCCCUUGCUUCUUUCUCCUCCUCCAGUGGUGGUUGUGGUGGUGGAGGUGUUUGCAGUGUCAAUAUUCCAGUGGUGGUUCUCUCUCACGCUGAAUACAAGUUUGCUGCGAAUUCUGCCGCCCCAAGAGGGCCCCGUGGGUGUCUGCUGCUCCUGCUGCUGCCCGUGGUUGCCUGCUGUACUGAGUGUGACCCCCAGCAGCCCCCGUGGUGAUGGAGGGGGCCAGCCCCCCGCCCCGUGGCCGCAGCCCCCGCCGCUCCCCCCCUGCCAGCCCCCCCCACAGCCGGGACAGCUCACCCAACUGGAGCGAUGUUGAAGACCACUCCCCCCCGCGCAUGCUGACCCCCCCGCAGCCCCGCCCCGACCUGGGCGUUCCCGGGGAGGAGGCGCCGCUGGCCCGGCCGGAAGGGCGCCGCUCCCCGCUGCGGGGCGGCGGGGCGCCGCGGCGGCCCCGGGGGCAGCGUAGGGACGAGAAGGAUCAUUUCUUCCGGCACACGACGCUGACGGAGGAGACGGCCACGGCGCGCCUGGAGGUGGCGUGCCUGGUGAUGCAGGUGGCGGCGGCGGCGGCGGCGGUAGUGCAGGGCGUGUGCAUGGCGGUGGUGGCGGGGUCGUGGCGGCGGCGGGGCGCUGACGGGGGCGUGUGCGUGCUGUUCGUGCGGGUGCCGCCGGGCCUGGGCGUGUACUGGGGCAACGAGGACCUCGGCCCCUGCAAGACCACCUCCUUCCUGCCGCUGCUGGUGGCGGCGCUGGCGCUCACCCUCGCCGCCGCCCACACCUGCGUGCUGCACGUCUGGCGCACGGACGGCCGCGCCCCCGCCGCCACGGCUUCCCGCGUCUACGCCGGCGUGACCCUGGCGCUGGUGGCCCUGCAGACGGUGCUGGCCCUGGCGGGGGCCCUGAUCCUGACGGAGGGGUUCCGCCAGACCUGCAUCUCCUUCGACCUGAGUCUGUCCUGGAACGAGUCGCCGCACACCUGCCGCCACAACCUGGACGAGCGGGACGCCGCCUACCAGGUGACCAACACCUACCCCAAGCUGGUGGCGGCGCUGGUGGGGGCCUGGACCACCGUGGCCCUCACCGCGGCGCUCUCCGUCACCUGCGCCGUCAGGGCCAGGCUGUGCCGCUGCUGCCGCCUGCUGUGUGUGUAGCUGUGACCCCCUGCUGGCCAGCCUGUUACUGGACGGCUACUACUACUACUACUACUACUGCUACUACUACUUCUACUACUGCUAGUCUACUAUUGCUGCUUCUACCACCACCACCGCCACCACCCGUCGCCCGUGAUUCCCGGCGACUCAUUCGUCUCGUUGUUUUGUACUUUUAUAUCGUGGACACGCACCGAGUCUUACUGUUGUAUUAGUUACGUGUAGAGAAUUAUCAACGUUUUCUUCA